CCGAGUAUACAUAGAUCACCCUUGCACUGCUAGCUGCUCAUAAACCAUGGAGAAUAUAGCAUCGCACACUUCGUGCAUCAGCCAGCCGGCGUCCGUGUCGACCGGCGAGAGCAGCUGGGCGAUGCACGUCGCGGGCCUUUUGGCGUCGUCAGCGCACAGCCACCAGGAGACGGAUCGUCAGGGAGGAGGAGUCUCUGAGAGUAGCUUCUCCUCUGGCUUCUCUUCCUCCUUCGAUUCCUUGGGCGAUGACUCUUUCUUCACGUCGGACAUGGUGUGCUCUGACGAAGACGACGAUGAUUCUUUGCAGGACACUGCGUGUUCCUCCGCAGCUGGCCCUAAGGUAGCCAGCAUGCAUAUGUCUAUGAAGUCCAUGGUAACCAUGGAUGCAAAAGAGAUGAACAAUUCCCAGCUGUUGCAGGCCAAGUAUUUUCUCGAGGCGGAUACGCGGCAGCAGGCGACUGCGAUGGCUCAAGAAAUGAUCAGCGCUGGAAAAAGCAAUGAGAAGCAGCUGUAUGAGUGUAAUGAUCUGAGGAAGAAAGGGCUUUGUUUGGUCCCUCUAUCAAUGUUGAUAGACUACAUAGGGUGAUUAAGAAGUUGAUUCAGUUAUGUAGUAUGAUAGUUCGUACAUCCCUCUCUUGUCCGAUCGAGCUAGCUGUGUUAUGAUAAAACUAGAUGCCAAAGAGUUGAAGGAUAUAGAAGUGGGACAUGUGGGAUACGUGACAUUGUCUUUACUUGACUUUCAUUCAAGACUCUAGACUCUCUUUUUCCGUCUUAAUAAAUCCGGAUUUUAUUAUCCCA